AUGCUCGGUUUGACAUGCUCCCACUAUCCUCUUCCACUUCAACCUCUCUCAAAUUCGCUCCAAAUCACUAACGCUUCAGAACUCAGCUCCAAACACUCAUGGGUGGAAUGCCUUCGCUCCCAAAUCCGUUCAAAUUCCUUCCGACAAGGCAUUGCCACUUUUAUCCAGAUGCAAGAAUCAGGCAUUGUACCGGAUAAUUUUGCUUUACCUGCGGCCCUCAAAGCCGCCGCUUCCAUUGGAGACUUUGAUUUGGGGAAACAGAUUCAUGCGUCUGCCAUUAAACUGGGCUAUGGCGCUCACUCCAUAGUUUCCAAUACUCUCCUGCAUUUUUAUGGCCAGUGUGGGGACGAUGUCCGUCAGGUAGUCAAGUUGUUUGACAAAAUUCCUUUAAAGGACCAAGUUUCGUGGAACUCGGUUAUAAACGCCUUGUGUAAAUACGAAGAGUGGGUCUUAGCUUUAGAAGCUUUUAGGUCAAUGGGUUCGGAGAGAGUUCAGCCUAGUUCGUUUGCUCUGGUUAGCAUUGCUCUUGCGUGCAGUAACCUGGAUAGGCAAAACGGCUUAAGGCUUGGGAAAGAAGUUCAUGGCUAUAGCCUGAGAAUCGAUGAUGGGAGGACGUUUACAAACAAUGCUUUGAUUUCGAUGUAUGCGAAACUAGGAAAAAUCGAUGACGCUAAGAAUGUGUUUGACUGUUUAGCCGACUGUGACUUGGUGUCAUGGAACACAGUUAUCAGCUCAUUGUCUCAAAAUGAUAUAUAUUACGAGGCAUUGGAGUAUUUCAGAUUGAUGAGUGAUGAAGGGUUUCGGCCAGAUGGGGUCACCAUCUCGAGUGUGCUUCCUGCGUGUUCCAACCUGAAGUUUCUGGACCUCGGAAAAGAGAUUCAUGGUUAUGUAUAUAGGAAUUGUGAUCUUCUAGGGAAUUCAUUUGUGGCUAGUGCUCUGGUAGACAUGUAUUGCAAUUGUGAGCAAGUUGUCAAUGGGCGCAGAGUUUUUGAUGGCUCACAGGAUAAAAAACUCGGACUCUGGAAUGCCAUGCUUGCUGGUUAUAUGCAUAACGGGUGUUAUACAGAUGCAUUGGUACUCUUCAUGAAGUUGAUGGUGGAGUCCGGUUUUUUUCCCAACCCGACCACAAUGGCUUGUGUUUUACCAGCUUGCGUGCACGAAGAAGCCUUUGUUGAUAAAGAAGCUAUGCAUGGUUAUGUUUUGAAAUUGGGCCUGUGGAGGAAUAGAUACGUGCAAAAUGCAUUGAUGGACUUGUACUCAAGGAUAGGGAAGAUAGACGAGUCGAAAUAUAUAUUUCACAGCAUGGAGAGUAAAGAUGUUGUGUCUUGGAACACAAUGAUAACGGGCUACGUGGUUUGUGGCUACCACGAGGAGGCCUUGAUUUUGUUACAUGACAUUCAGAUAGGUGGAGUGAAAGAUAACGAGAAUGAUGAUGUUGAUUGUAUUAAACCUAAUGCUGUGACACUAAUGAGCAUUCUUCCCGGUUGUGCUUCUCUUGCUGCCCUAGCAAAAGGGAGGGAAAUUCAUGGCUAUGCCAUUAGGAACAAAUUGGACUCAGAUGUUGCUGUAGGGAGUGCAUUAAUUGAUAUGUACACGAAAUGCGGUUGCUUGAGCAUGGCUGUUAGAGUUUUUAAUACCAUGGAGGUAAAAAAUGUGAUUACAUGGAACACUAUAAUUAUGGCUUAUGGGAUGCAUGGAGAAGGUAAAGAGGCCAUGUCACUGUUCAGGAGCAUGGUAGCUGAAGGUGGGGAAGUGAAGCCUAAUCAGGUUACGUUUAUUGCACUUUUUGUUGCAUGCAGUCAUUCGGGGCUUGUUGAGCAAGGCAGAGAGUUUUUCCGGGAAAUGGCAGUUGAUCACGAGAUCGAACCUAAUUCCGACCAUUACGCAUGCAUUGUUGACUUGCUUGGUCGAGCGGGUCAUCUAGAUGAAGCAUAUGGGAUCAUAAAUUGCAUGCCUCGUGGGGUUGAUAGGGUGGGUGCAUGGAGUAGUUUGCUGGGUGCAUGCAGGAUCCACCGAAAUGUACGACUAGGAGAAAUUUCGGCUCAUAAUCUGCUACUUUUAGAACCGAAUGUCGCCAGCCAUUAUGUUUUGCUCUCGAAUAUAUAUUCUUCAGUGGGGCUUUGGGACAAAGGUAAAUUGGUGAGGAAAAAAAUGAAGGAAAUGGGGGUGAGGAAAGAACCUGGGUGCAGUUGGAUAGAAUUUGAUGACGGAGUUCACAAGUUCGUGGCUGGAGACAAAUUGCAUGCACAAAGUGAGCGAAUUUAUGAAUUUCUUGGUGAUUUGUUUGUGAGAAUGAAGGAGGAGGGUUAUGUUCCGGACACUUCGUGUGUGCUUCACGAUGUUGACGAGCAGGAAAAGGAGAGUUUGUUGUGUGGGCAUAGUGAGCGGCUGGCGAUUGCUUUUGGCCUCCUUAAUGCUCCUCCGGGCACGACUAUUCGGGUGGCCAAAAAUCUUAGGGUUUGCAAUGACUGUCAUUCUGCAACAAAAUUUAUCUCUAGAAUUGUGGGUAGGGAGAUUGUUGUUAGAGAUGUGAGGAGAUUCCAUCAUUUCAAGAAUGGAGCUUGCUCGUGUGGGGACUACUGGUGA